GCAGAGCAAAGCCCCAGCACUCUCGCUCACUUCCUGUUGCCCUGGGACCGUUUCCGGGUCACUCGUCCCGGCCACGCCCCUUGGUGCUAGUGUGGUGCGCAGCGUACUGCCGCAGCCUCUCGUUCCCGCCGGAAACUUUUCUUCAGGAGUGUUGGUAGCCGAGCGCGAGGGACUCCCGGGGGGGGGCGGGGCCAUGGCGGGAGGCGCCGGGCUGCGAGGCCGCCGCUGCCGCUUUGUCUCCUGGCUCUGGCUGCGCCCCUGCUCCGGCCGCUGAGGGUCCCUGGGAGCUAGAGCCCCAGGCAUGGCCUCCCCGCCGCUCCCGGAGGCGGGCGCCGAGCUGCGGGCCCUCCAAGGGAAGGUGGAGGUGCUGGAGGCGGAGCUGGGGUGCUGUCGGAGCCAGCUGGAGCAGGUGCAGAGGCUGCUGCGCCACACGGAGCGGCUCUACCGGGAGGCCCAGGAGAGCAACGGGGCGCUACAGACACAGGUUGAAGAGCUGAGUAAGGAAGUCCAUGAUAGGAAGAAAAAAGAGAGAGAGACAUCUAGUGUAGAAGUGCAAACUGAAGACUAUGAUUCUUGGCAACAGUCAGAUUAUUACAAUUAUCAGAAUUAUUGUAACAACAUUGAUGCUCAAGAUAACACAUCUGAACUAUCAGUGCAGCAGAACCAUGAGAAUGAAGGUCCCAAUCCUAAUUCUACAGAGCAGUCUCAGGCAGGUGGUGGUAUUCAUUCACACAUUGGUAGCACAGAACUUGCUGAAUGUGGACAAGGGGAUAACUUAAUCGAGAAUUUACAGGAACCAGAAGAUACUUCGUUAGCAGAAGGUACAUUAGCAGAAAGCUUGAGAGCUGCUGCAGAAGCUGCUGUAUCACAGACUGGGUUUAUUUAUGAUGAGAAUACUGGAUUGUAUUAUGACCAUAGCACUGGAUUCUACUAUAAUUCGGAAAAUCAACUUUAUUAUGAUCCAACCACUGGAAUUUAUUACUAUUGUGAUGUUGAAAGUGGCCGAUAUCAGUUUCAUUCACGAGUGGAUCUGCAGUCUUACCAGGCUUCAACCACUCAGACUAAGGAUAAAAAAGGGAAAAAGAAAAGAAAAGAUCCAGAGUGGAUUACUGCAAAUGAAUAUAAGGUACAUCAGUUGACAGAAACCAUGGCUAAUCUGAAGAUUUCUUCUUUUGAAUUGGCAGCUUCUGGUGAAGGUAGAGUUGAGACACCAAACAUAUGCCAUAAGAUGCCUUUGUACUUUAAGAAUGAAUUGAAGAGUGUCUCCAGGUUUAACAUUACAGAGCACCAGAGCAUGAAGGAAGGAACAAAAUUCAUUCCUUUUAAGAAUGAAAAGGAUUUGGACACAGAAGAGCAGAAAUCACCCAGAAGUCUGAAUUGCCUUUCCACCACUGAGCAAAUAAGUUCUACUGAAGAGGAGGAGUCUCCAAAUGCAAGAAAGAAGGCUAAAGUGGACAUUGAUGUAAGAAACAGACUAACAGCCAAAGAAUCAGUUAUCACAGAUGGUAUAAAUUCACAUCUUAACAGAAAAACACAAGAUACUGCUGCAUUUAUGGAUGACAGUAAAAUAAUAGAGACAGAGAGUGAGCCAGAAGAAGGUGAAAUUACUGACUCUGAAUGUGAGGAGUAUAGCAGUGAAGAUGAAGUAACAAGUGAAGAGAGUGUAAAUUCAGAAGACUCUGAAAAUGAAGAUGAAGAGAGAAUUUGGCCUCCAUGUAUCAGAGUAAUUGUAAUUAGAUCACCAGUACUGCAGACUGGAUCACUUUAUAUCAUCACAGCUGUUAAAACUGCUACAAUUGGAAGAGAGAAAGAUAUGCAGCAUACCCUCCAGAUUCCUGAAGUUGGAGUCAGUAAGUUUCAUGCAGAAGUAUAUUUUGACCAUGAAUUGCAAAAUUAUGUUCUUGUGGAUCAAGGCAGUCAGAAUGGCACAGUUGUUAAUGGAAAUCAGAUUCUACAGCCUAAAACAAAAUGUGACCCCUAUGUUCUGGAACAUGGGGAUGAAGUAAAAAUUGGAGAAACUGUGCUAUCCUUCCACAUACACCCUGGCAGUGACACCUGUGACGGAUGUGAACCAGGACAGGUCAGAGCACAUCUUCGCCUUGAUAAGAAAAAGGAAUUUUCUGGUCCAGCACUGAGCAAAGAAGAGAGAGAAUUAGUCAGAAGAAAAGCAUUAAAAAAAAUACGGGUAAAAUAUGGUUUACAGAAUACAGACUAUGAAGACAACAAAGCAGUGAAAAAUCCAAAUUACAAAGAUAGAGCAGGAAAACGCAGGGAGACCAUUGGAAGUGAGGGGACAUUUCAAAGGGACGAUACUCCAGCUUCAGUCCAUGUUGAAAUCAGUGAUAGCAACAAGGGUCGUAAAAUGCUGGAGAAGAUGGGAUGGAAAAAAGGAGAAGGGCUAGGCAAGGAUGGUGGUGGAAUGAAGAAUCCGAUCCAGCUUCAGAUACACAAGAUGCAUGCAGGCUUGGGUACAAGUAGACCAGCUUCCGUUGAAGAUGUUCAGAUCAUCAAAAGCAAGAACAAAAAGAACUGGGAUAAAGCAAGAGAGCGGUUUGCUGAAAGUUUCCAGGAAGCUAAAACACAGAAAGAUGCACCCAAAGUUAUGCCUUGGGUUAGAGGGACAGCAGAAUGAAAAUACUCAGUCCCAGAGCAGGACAAUUCAUGUAUAUAAAGAGUGGGUGAGAGGUUUUUUUUAUUUUUUGCUAAAUUAGAAGUUGGGUAAUAAAUAAUAUACCUCUGUGAAGAAUCUCUUCAAGAUUCAGAGAUGUAUAUUAAGAUUAAAAAAAGGUGUGAACACUAGUGUAAACCAAAUAAGACUAUAGUUAAACACACUUUUAAAUAAGUAAGCAGUGAAUAAAUCAGACUGAUGCCAGUUUUGUUUAGAAAGAUGUUCAAAUGGAAGUACUUGAAUGUGAUGCUUGUUAAGGUAAGGAAUUUUCUUUAAAUAUUUUUAACACAAUAGCCCACUGAAAUUAAAACUAUUUUCUGAUUUGCUUUUAAACUGUUUUUCCAAACUUAUGAAGAUUAUUUUUUUAAUGUUCUAACAAGCAAAAAACCCACAAAACAAGGCAAGGGAUUUUUAAAUGUUGCCUUUUCCUCUCUUGUGAACAUUUGGUCCAAAUUGCUGUGAAACUUAGCAAGAGGUACAUUACAACUAAAUUCAUACAAUUCAGUACUGAUCACACGCAUCUCAAUUUACUCUUCAUAUAUGAAAUUAAAUUCCUGAUAUUUUUAACAAUCCAUGUCUACUUUGUAUUUCUAAAUACUGUGCUCCAUGAAAUAAAUGUCCACUGUUAGUAAAAGAAUAAUAUUCAGAGGACAGUUUGUAGUAAAGUCUUAUUUUCUUCUGUGAAGAAUUUGUGAGUGAAUCUGUAACAUACCAUUUAGAAGGGGUAUGCUCAGAAACCCACUAUCUAGGAGUAUUAAAGUAUUUAUUAGCCUCUUCAGGCUGGCUGUUCUGAUACACCCAUUGCUGGCAAUGGAGUUUAUGCCAGGGGGAAAAAAAUCAGACUUUCCAUGCACAAGGAUUGCAAAUCUGAAACUGAAAACUUGAUAUUUAUUGAAUGUUCUUAAACACAAUAAAUGAAAUAUUGUCAAUUUAAA